AUGCUAUUCCAGAUUCUCUUUGCUACCUUUGCAUGCUGCUCUAUCAGCGCAUGCGCUAGCCCUAUCCCCCCAAUUUUUCAGCGACGACAACAAUGCCUACUCGAGAGUUCGCCCGUUGAAUCACACAGUAGCCUAUCUGUCGAGGCCAUCAUUGGUAUAGCUGCAAUAGCUGUAGCUAUAAUGGGGAUAGCGCUUCCCCUCAUUUGGCCUAGCGUGAGAUCCUGGCGUAACUCAUGGCCCCGCCGCUCCCGCUUCUGUCUCAUCAGUUCGACCAGCUCCAUAGAUCAAAACAUGCUGUUUCUCAACCGCCUUCCUCAGCGUGCGAUUCCAUCACUACCGCCGAUUACCAGUCAUGCGAGCGACGUAGAUGCGGCUGCGAUACCCCGACCACAACGUGCUAUAUUCGAUCAUUGUGAACAACAUCGCGAGUUGAUGCGACGCAUCUGA